AUGCAAUGGACAAGGGGUAGCGAUAAUGGUGUACGUCUGAGAAUAAUAUUGGAAACAUGGCCGGAAAAAUACGCGCGAAUGAGUCAAAUGUGUCGGCAUAGUCCUAAAGCCUAUGAAAGUCAGUGCACUUCAGGAUUAUUCUCUAAUAUUGAAGGUAUGUUAACAGCUAAUGCCUCACGAAAUCAUCUCAGCCAUUAUUUAAAAGUGCUGACAGCAACGAAUGUUAAACACUGCAAAAAAGCUGCAUAA